GGUCCGGUCAUACCUAUGGGGGACCAACCUUGUGCCUCCGGGAGGUCCACGCUCCCACCAGGCAAUACGCGGGAACCCAAGCCUCCAAAAAAGCGCUGUGUCCUGGCUCCGCGGUGGGAUUAUCCCGAAGGGACUCCCAGUGGAGGUAGUGCCACUCUCCCCUCGGCGCCUCCUCCUGCUUCUGCUGGACUGAAGUCGCACCCUCCUCCUCCGGAGAAGUAGUGAAAUAGAUUUUUCCCAGCCUAAAUCAGUCGUUGACAGGUUGCAGUAUGACGUCAUUUCCUUGGUGCAUUUGUAAACUACUUCACCCACUGAAGACCAUGACUCUUUCCAAUGCUACCCUGCUUUUGCUGGUGUCCUGCACCUGGAAGUUGUGAUGCUAAAGACAUUGUACCAGGUGCCCAUACUGCAAAAAUAAGAUGUCUAAGUCACCCACUAAAGCCAUAAACCAGUUUGUAUUAUGAUGUAAUGACUGUGAUUUCACCUCCAGAAUUUGGAUGAAUUUAGGACGUGGGCAAGAUCGGGUUGUAGACUUCUAGGACUGAAGGCCAUGGUGUGUAUGGAUCAUGGUAAACUCACCAAAGCAAGUAAUGCCCUUGAGAUGGUCCUGCAGAAGCCAAUCAUUGCUUUCUUUUGUUGAUACCCAGUCUUUGCUGUAUUACAUUCAAAUUGCAUAAAUCCGUUAAUGUCCAAAUAAAUUUUGUCUUGUUGCUGUGUUAGA